AUGCAGCACUGCAGACGCCAGUGCAAGUCGCAGUGCAUCGUGCAGAUUGCCGGGCGGGACGGCAGUAGAGCCGAGUCGCCAGAAGCGGCCUGGGGCCCGGGACGCGACCUCAGCCAGCAGCCGGAGCAGGAGCAGCUGGAGCAGCAGCUGCUGGGGCGGCAGCAGCAGCAGCAGCAACAGCAGCUUUGGGAAUAUCAGCUUAGAUCCCAGCAGCAACAAACCCGCCUUAGCUUGCCAUGGCUGAUAGAGGAGGUCGCGGCGGCCGAGGACGGGGAGGCGGCGACCGGGGCGGCGGACGUGGUGCUGAAAGAGGCCGUGGUCGAGGCGGUGGUCCGCGGGGAGGAUAUCGCGGCGAUAGUCCUGGCCCCGGAUACGGCGGCGGCGACGCUGGCCGUGGCCGCGGUGGCGGAGCCCGAGGAGGCUAUCGUGGCGACAGCCCUGGGCCUGGAUACGGCGGCGGAGACUCCGGUCGCGGCCGCGGCGGCUAUUCUUCCCGUGGUGGUACCCGUGGCGGGCGAGGAGGACGAGGUGGACGUGCUGAAAACCCCGAACUCUCCAAGGCAUACAGAUCCCAGCAUCACGGCCCUGGAAGACAUGAUCGUUACCUCCCAGUCUGGCUCUCUGACUGGGUUGGUGUCGCAACUAGGACAGGUCAGCCUUCAGCACGGUGGUGCUGGCGGCUCCAGUAGCAGUGCCUCAACGGAUCUGUUCCCUCUUCGGCCUGCGUUUGGCUCGGCCGGCCGGCCUGUCAGCCUCUGGACCAACUACUUCCGGGUCAACGCCAACCCGACGGUGCUGUUCAGGUACCACCUCGAAUUUGCUCAGGUCGCGACCGAAGUUACUGGCGAAGGCGGACAGACGGAGUCAACCAAGUCUGCUCGGGACGUCAAGGGGCGGAAGCUCUACCUGGCCGUCGAAGCUGCCCUCAAAACCUUGCGCGGCGCCGACAGAUCCCUCGUGCUCGCCACCGAGUAUAAAAGCCAACUGAUCUCUCUCAAAAAGUUGGACUUGACCGAGAACCCCUUUCAGAUCCGUCUUCCAGUAGAGACGAGCCAGACAAAGGUCGACGUCAUCGACGUCACCGUGCACGGGCCAUCCGAAGCGCCUUUGCAUGCGUUGCUCACUUACAUGGCGUCCAUGAGCGACGGCCCCAACGACGGCAUCUUCCCCAAGUACCCAGAUGCCGUCGAUGCCCUCAACGUCAUCCUUGGUCAUGGACCGCGCUCGAAGCUGAACGACAUAGCUGCUGUUGGUAGUUCGCGUUUCUUCCCUUUCGGUGCGAACAAGGCCACGGCCAAUCUCGACCAUGAUGGCCAUCUGCUCAUGGCGGCACGCGGCUUCUUCCAGUCGGCGCGCAUUGGCACAGGCCGCCUGCUUCUCAACGCCAACGUGACACAUGGCGUGUUCAGGGUCUCCGGGAAAAUGGACCGACUGUUUGAGGGCCUUGAGCUGGGUCCUGUCAUGUCGAACGAUCGCUACGCACUUCGAGUCAUGAAGGCUGUCGGAAAGUUCAUGCCCAAGACUCGCGUCUGGGCCGAUUUCAUGCUCUCCGAUGGGAGGAAAGUGCGCAAAGCCAAGACGAUCCACGGCCUCGUUGCAGCCACGGAACUCACCAAAAAGGGAAAAGCCGCUGCUGAUGAGAAGCCACUCAGGUUUGCGAAAAACUAUGAGUACCCAGGCCCCAAGGAGGUCGAGUUCUGGCUGGAGGUUAGCGGAAAUGGCCGCUACAUCACCGUUUACGACUACUUCCUCAAGAAGUACAAUAUGCACCUCAAGAACCUGCCUCUCAUCAACUUGGGUCGCGCUGACAAGCCCACUCUGUUCCCGGCCGAGAUGAUCGAGAUCCAGCCAGGCCAGUCGGUCAAGGCUAAGCUCACUAUGAGUGAGACGACAGCCAUGCUGGACAUUGCCUGCCGCACUCCGUACGCCAACGCGUUGUCCAUCAGUGGCGACGCCCGCAACACCCUUGGCCUGGACGACGAAAGCCUUACCAACUUUGGCGUUUCUGUCGAUAAAUCGCUCCUGACAGUUCAUGGACGAGUCUUGCAGAUUCCCAUGCUUUCGCUCAUGACCGAGAAGAAGCGAGCCGACGAAUUCAUACCCAGGGACGGCAACUGGAACUUGAACGGGAGAGUCAUCGCCCGCGCCGGCCGCCCGAUUCAGCGGUGGACGUACCUGGACAUCAUGAAGCGAACAGGAAACCCCGCCUCUGUGGGCAUGAUGAAGAACUUUGCCGCGCAACUUAUCAAGACGGGAAUUCCCAUGUCCACGGAUCCAGUCAUGCCGCCCCAUGGCAAACUAUUCAUGACUCGUGACGAGGCGAUGGGCCCUCCCUUGACCAGGUUUUUCGCAUGGGCGCAACAGGAGAACGUGCAGUACAUCUUCAUCAUCCUGCCAGAGAAGGACACAUCUGGACUCUACCCGCGAAUCAAGACAUUGGCGGACUGCGAGUAUGGCAUACACACCAGUCUCGUCUUGUCCAAGCACAUGGGUCAGAACGGACCCAGCCCUCAGUAUGCGGCCAAUGUCGGGCUCAAGGUGAACCUGAAGAUGGGUGGCCUAAAUCACAAGCUCAAGAACGACAUUGGACUACUGAGAGAGGGCAAGACCAUGAUUGCCGGUUACGACGUGACGCACCCAACCAACAUGCCGGAGAGGAAAGACGGCAAGGAAGCCCCAAGCUUGGUCGGCCUGGUGGCAAGCAUCGACAAAGACGUCGGGCAGUGGCCAGCGACGUCGUGGGAGCAGUCGGCUAGACAGGAGAUUCUCAGUGAGACGCUCGUGGAGGCGUUCAAGUCCCGUCUCGACCUCUGGGCCAGACACAACCGAGCCUACCCGGAAAACGUCAUUAUCUUCCGCGAUGGCGUUUCAGAGGGCCAGUUCCCGCAGGUACUCGAGCAGGAGCUCCCGUCGAUCCGCAAAGCUUGCCUCGAGAAAUGCGGAAGCAGGCAGCCGAAGCUGACCAUUGUGGUGUCCGUGAAGCGCCAUCAAACGCGGUUCUACCCCACGUCGACGACCGACAUGUCCAAGUCUGGCAAUGUGGUAAACGGCACCGUAGUGGACCGUGGCAUCACGCAAGCCCGCUAUUGGGACUUUUUCCUCACGGCCCACCACGCCCUGAAGGGCACCGCGCGACCUGCGCACUACACGGUCCUGCUCGAUGAGAUCUUCCGCGACAAAUACAAGGCCAACGCCGCCAACGAGCUGGAGCGGCUGACACACGAGCUCUGCUACCUCUUUGGGCGGGCGACCAAGGCGGUAAGCAUCUGUCCCCCGGCGUACUAUGCAGAUAUUGUCUGCGAGCGGGCCCGCGCCCACCGGCCGGAGAUAUUCGAUGUCGACGACGCAUCCUCGAUUGCGUCUAUGUCGACUACCCGUGGGACGAACCGCCAGGUGCACGUGAAUCUCCAGGACACCAUGUACUACAUCUGA